AGCAUGUGAGAUCCGAAGAAAAGCUCACACUAACUCAUUUAUGUCAUCAUUCAUCUAAACCAACCACCCUAUUUAUCCUUAAUACUUCACGUACCCCACUUCACACUUGCCACCUCUUCUUCUUCUUUCUCUGUACCAUAGCUAGCCAUGUAUAACCCCCUCAGUAGAAGAACACCACCACCACCAACCAUGCUAUUCCACGUACCCAUUCUCUUUCUCCUCCUUUGUUCCUUCACCGCAAACGCAACAACAACAGCAACAACCACUCCCCUCCAUCUCCAAGUAGCUAACUCCACAUGCGAAGGCACACUCUACCCUCACCUCUGCGUCUCAACCCUUUCCUCCUUCCCCGACCUCACCUCAAAAACCCUCCCACAGACCAUAUGCACCCUCGUCAACCACACCAUCUCCGAAGUCACACACUCCUCCUCCAACUGCACCGACCUCCGCAAGCACCUCCCAGCCCUCACCACCCUCGAACGCCGAGCCCUCGACGACUGCCUCUCCCUCUUCGACGGCACCGUCUCUGAGCUCCGAACCACCGUCGCCGACCUCUCCCAAGCCGCCAUAGGCUCCAAGCUCUACCACGACUCCCAGACUCUCCUCAGCGCCGCCAUGACCAACCUCUACACGUGCCUCGACGGCUUCGCCUACAGCAAAGGGAACGUGAGGGACAGGAUUCAGGAGGGUUUGUUCCAGAUCUCGCACCACGUCAGUAACUCCCUCGCAAUGCUGAAGAAAGUGCCCGGAGUGUCGUCGCCGAAUGAGGCGUUCCCUGAAUACGGUGAGGCGAAAAAGGGGUUCCCGUCGUGGCUGUCACGCAAAGACCGGAAGCUGCUUCAGGCUGCUGUCAAUGAAACCAACUUCGAUCUUGUUGUGGCAAAAGAUGGCACUGGAAACUUCACCACCAUAGGAGAAGCACUUGCUGCGGCUCCAAACUCCACCACAACUAGAUUUGUGAUAUACAUAAAAGCCGGGGCAUACUUCGAGAAUGUGGAGGUGAUAAGGAAGAAAACCAAUCUCAUGUGGGUUGGAGAUGGAAUUGGAAAGACAGUGGUGAAGGCCAGUAGGAAUGUUGUGGACGGCUGGACCACUUUCCAAUCAGCCACUGUCGCUGUGGUUGGAGAGGGAUUCAUAGCAAAGGGCGUAACCUUUGAGAACUCAGCAGGGCCCAGCAAGCACCAAGCCGUGGCCCUAAGGAGCGGGGCUGACUUAUCAGUCUUCUACCAAUGCAGCUUCGUUGCAUACCAAGACACUCUCUACGUCCACUCUCUGCGACAAUUCUACCGCGAAUGCGACGUUUACGGCACCGUAGACUUCAUCUUUGGCAACGCCGCAGUGGUGUUCCAGAACUGCAACUUGUACGCACGCAAGCCUAACGAAAACCAAAAGAACCUCUUCACCGCACAGGGCAGAGAAGACCCUAACCAAAACACCGGCAUUUCCAUCAUCAACUGCAAGGUUGCAGCUGCUGCAGAUUUGAUCCCAGUGAAAAGCUCGUUCAAGAACUACCUGGGUCGGCCUUGGAAAAAGUAUUCCAGAACUGUUUAUCUAAAUUCUUAUAUGGAGGAUCUUAUAGACCCUGCAGGGUGGUUAGAGUGGAAUGGCACGUUUGCAUUGGAUACCUUGUAUUAUGGGGAGUAUAAUAAUCGAGGUCCGGGUUCCAAUACAAGUGCUAGAGUUACUUGGCCUGGUUAUAGGGUCAUCACUAACUCCACUGAGGCUAGCCAGUUCACAGUUCAAAAUUUCAUUCAAGGCAAUGAAUGGUUGAACUCCACCGCUGUUCCCUUCUUCUCUGGUUUUAGUUGAUUAUUGCAUGCGGAUUGCUGACCAAUGCUCUUUCCGUAUCCCCUUAUUUAAUAAAGUGUAUAAUGUCUGAAGUGAAAUGGAAAGAAUAUUAAUCUUCUUUUGUUCCUUGCUACAAAAAAGCAAGAAUUUAAAAUAAAAAAGUGUUUUGUAGCA